GAGUCGGGCGCCCCCCUCACGUUCUAACCUGUUUCGUUCCUCCACCUACCUUCUCGCGCGUCUGCCUAUUAGACACCAGAGAAGGAGAAGGAAGUCAGCCACCCACCCCUGCGACGGUGCUAUGGCUUCUUCGUCGCAUUUUGCAUCGAUGGCAAACAACGCAGUGCAGUCCCGCCGUGGGGCGAUGGAGAGCGCCUAUCUUGGGUCCAGGGACUCCUGUGGUGGCUCAGUGACGGUUCUGUUGGGGGGAUGCGGAAGGGGAAGGAGAAGGCCCUCCUUCAAAAAAGUUUUGGCUUUUCAGAUUAAGGCCGAUGCUGCCACGGAGGAGAAGGAACAUGAGCUGGUUCUGCAGCCCAUCAAGAAAAUCAGUGGGAUCGUUAAGCUUCCUGGCUCUAAAUCUUUGUCCAAUCGCACACUUCUCCUCGCUGCCCUUUCAGAGGGAACAACUUCUGUGGACAACUUACUGAGCAGCGAUGAUAUUCAUUAUAUGCUUGGCGCUUUGAGAACGCUUGGUGUUCGUGUGGAUGAAGACAGAGACAUGCAAAGGGCAAUAGUAGAAGGUUGUAGUGGUCAGUUUCCGAUCGCAAAGAAUUCAACAAAAGAAGUUGAACUUUUCUUGGGAAAUGCGGGGACUGCGAUGCGCCCGCUGACUGCUGCAGUUGUUGCUGCUGGUGGAAAUACAAGAUAUAUACUUGAUGGGGUUCCGAGAAUGAGGGAGAGGCCUAUAGGAGACUUGGUUAGUGGCCUACAGCAGCUCGGUGCAGAUAUUGGCUGUACACUAGGUACCAACUGCCCACCAGUUUAUGUAAAUGGAAAGAGAGGACUUCCUGGAGGAAAGGUGAAACUCGCUGGAUCAAUAAGCAGUCAAUAUCUCUCAGCUUUACUCAUGGGAGCACCUUUAGCUCUUGGAGAUGUGGAAAUUGAGAUGACUAACAAACUUGUAUCUGUUCCAUAUGUGGAAAUGACACUUAAAUUGAUGGAGCGCUUUGGAGUGGUAGUCGAGCAUGGUGGUGGCUGGGAUAGAUUCUUGGUUAGGGGUCGUCAAAUGUACAAGUCACCUGGAAGUGCUUAUGUUGAAGGAGAUGCAUCUAGCGCAAGUUACUUCCUGGCUGGUGCUGCAAUAACUGGUGGCACUGUAACUGUAGAAGGUUGUGGUACAAGUAGCCUGCAGGGUGAUGUGAAGUUUGCUGAAGUUCUCGAGAAAAUGGGAGCAAAAGUUACUUGGGCUAAGAACAGUGUCACUGUUACUGGUCCACCAAAGGAUGGUUCAAGGAGGCGUCUGCGUGGUAUUGAUGUCAAUAUGAACAAGAUGCCUGAUGUUGCAAUGACCCUAGCUGUUGUUGCACUUUUUGCCAAUGGUCCAACAGCGAUAAGAGAUGUGGCAAACUGGAGAGUGAAGGAAACUGAAAGGAUGGUAGCAAUAUGCACAGAGCUGACAAAGUUGGGUGCAACAGUGGAAGAAGGGUCAGAUUACUGCAUAAUCACUCCCCCAGAGAGGCUGAAUGUGACAGCAAUUGACACAUAUGAUGACCACAGGAUGGCAAUGGCAUUUUCUCUUGCUGCAUGUUCAGAUGUGCCUGUCACCAUUAAGGAUCCUGGUUGCACGCGCAAGACUUUUCCGAACUACUUCCAAGUUCUACAGAGUGUCACAAAGCACUAGGGAAGGUUAUCCUGUCUCAUGCCAGAUCUCUUAAGCAAUUUUAGAACAAUAUGACUUAAUCCGGGGUCUGUAAUUUUGUGUCUGUUGAAGAGCUCCACAUUCUGGGAUUAGAGAAUCUUAAAAGAGGCAAGAGAUUGAGGAUUCAUAAGCGCCCAUUCCUUGGUCUAAGGAUGCAAAAGGCAGCGGUGGCAGUCAAAGUCAUUUGGGUGAACAAGGACUCUCUUUUCAUUUUUGUUUUUUUUCUUCUUUAUGUUAGUGGAAGUGCAACCAUCCUGCCCACAUCUGUUAUGUGCUAUGUCACACGGACGCGGCUAAAGAGGCCGCGUACCCGUGUCGACUCGCCGACACGGGACUCGGUUAGGACACAGCAAAAAAUAAAAAUUUAAUGUUUUUUUUAUUUUAUCAAUUUUUUGUGAUGCA